AUUUUGUCCAGGUGGACACUCUCACUUUAAAGACAUUAAGGUCACCAGCCAGACCACCAUAAUCACCAUCACUUCCCAUCCCACAUCCUCAUUUCUCUUUUCCAUCGCACUCCAUGGACCAACAGCAACAACCCUCUUCGACAACCAACCAAGCUGAGUCCAUUAUGCUGCCGGAAAUGGACGCCCUCUCCUUGGACCAGGACGAGCCUCAACAGCCUGUUGCUGCAGCACGCACCUCCGAAGCAUUUGCUACCCAGGACAGUGAGAGCUACAGCGAAAGCGAUACUCCUUCUGUCCCCAUCACAACCGCUAAUCCACUCCCUGAGGUACGCCUGCAGCAGCAGCCCUUGCCUGCUCCUCUGUCUCAGCCUGGCCAGAACACAGCAGCACAACCACAACCACCUACUGUGCCCGUUGACCAGCCCCGUGGUAGUCAAAACCGCUCCCGCAUGCUGACAGAGAUCCCAUCAGCCUACGACCUCCAUCCCAGCCCAGUUCCCUCGAGCAAAAGUCACUCUGCUGCCUCCUCAGAUACGGGCGUAUCUUCAGGCCGAUCCUCCAGGAACGAGAAUAGACCCCGGUUCGAGAAAUUACCCAAUGGUACACAUCGCCAUAAUUUGUGCGCACCCAAGCGACACCAGUUCCUGGCGAAUCAUGUUCGUCGUCUGCGGGGUCUUCUCGACGGUCAGAAGGAUGGACGUGGUCCCGUACAUGGAGAUGGCAAUGGUGCUGGACACCAUAUCAAUAAGGAAGCCAUGGAACAUCCGCUAUCACUGCUGAACGAAAAGAUUGGCGAGUUUGAAGGGGUUCAUCACCAUACGCCGAUUAUCAAUGGCAAGAAUAAGCAUAUACUCAAGAAAGAGUUUGUGCAAAAGUAUGGCGAUUUGCAGCAAGUUGUCGGCAGAGGUGCAUUUGGUACGGUCCGACUAUCGAUCAAAAAGGAUCCUCAAACCGGCGGAGAGGUUAUUUUCGCCAUCAAGGAAUUCAAACACGACCACGAUGAGUCGCAAAAAUCGUACAUGAGGCGUCUGACGAGCGAGUUCUGUAUCGCCUCGACUCUCAACCACAUCAACGUGAUCCAAACACUAGACCUGCUCCAACUCCACGGCGACAGCUACAGCGAGGUUAUGGAGUACUGCUCCGGAGGCGAUCUGCACUCAUUGAUUGCCAGCGUCAGUGCUCUAGGCGAGACAGAGGCGGAUUGUUUCUUUGCGCAAUUGAUCAAUGGCGUUGCAUUCCUACACUCGAUGGGAGUCGUCCAUAGGGAUCUCAAGCCCGAGAACUUGCUUCUGACGGCGAAUGGGUGUGUCAAAAUUGCGGAUUUUGGAAACAGUGAGGUAUUCAGGAUGCCGUGGGAGGAAAAGGUCAGGGCUUCGACGUCGAUCCGUGGCAGUGGACCGUUUAUUGCGCCGGAGGAGUUUACCACCAGUAAAUUUGAUGCUCGCAAGGUGGAUAUGUGGUCGUGCGGGAUCAUUUACGUGUGUAUGAGACUCGGCUGCUACAGCUGGGCAGAGGCAUCCAAGGGAGAUACUAAUUGGGAUAGCUUCCUCUACAAGGUCGAACGAUGGCGUGAGAUGCAGGAAGCCGUCCCCGGGGCCCAAGUCUCGACCACUCACGCGCAGAUACCAAAAUUCAUCCACUUGUCCGCAAUCGAAUCGGUAACCCACACGACCUUGGCCUGGCCUGACCGUAUCUCGGAAGUCAUUGACCAUCUGCUUGACCCCAACCCGAAGACCCGAUGGCAGGCCGGUCACGUUCUCGAGAGCGAAUGGCUAGAGUGUGUGGACAACUGCCAUCCAGCAGAGAAACCUGCGAACCAAGUUUUGGACGAGACCGAUUUCGAUCCAAUGCCUACUCAGCGAGUGGGAUCGAAGGUCAUCCCGCAGGAUGCUGAUGUGACAGGAUACAAUAUUGUCAAGGAGGUCAAGAGCAGAGAUAGGGUCGUUGAUGGUAACUCAGAUCCAGCUCUGGCUUCAGAUCCAGCUCUGGCUUCAGAUCCAGCUCUGGCUUCAGCUCCAGCUCUGGCUUCAGCUCCAGCUCUGGCUUCAGCUCCAGCUGGGUCUCCCGCUUUCGCGCCCAUAGAGGAAGUCAACUGA